CCGCGGCGUCGUGAGAGGUGGUGCUGCGCUGCGGUAGGAGGAGGUCGGGGGAGAAGGACGGAGCCGGAGCCGCUUCGCUCCCGUCGCCUCCCGCCUCACCGCCGCCCCCUUCCUCCUCCUCGGCCGCGGACGGGAGGAUGCCGCGCUCCGGACCGCUCCCUGCUGCCCUCUCGUUGCUGUUGGUGACGGCCGCGCUCUUGCCGGGACCCGCCGCGGCGCAGAACGAGCCCAGGAUCAAUGCCAGCGAGGAUGUAGUCAUUCAUCUGUAUGGUCCAGCCGUCACAUUGCAGUGUAACCUCACCACAAGUCCCAGCCCCCUUUCUGCCAGUUACUGGGUGAAGAAUGGAGAGGAGAUCCCUGGCACUAGAAAAUCUUCAAAUGCUACAGAAUACAAGAUUUUGAAGCCCAGAGCAGAAGAGUCAGGGGAAUACUUGUGCGUGUUUGUGUUUUCAAACUCUCCUAUAGCCAACGCCACUAUAGAAGUGAGAGCUACUCCUGACAUCACUGGCCACAAGCGAAGUGAAAAUAAGAAUGAGGGGCAGGAGGCACUCAUGUACUGCAAGUCUGUGGGCUUCCCACAUCCCGAGUGGGUGUGGCGCAAGAAGGUCAAUGGAGUAUUUGAGGACAUAAACAACUCCUCCGGCAGAUUCUUUAUUUCAAAUAAAGACAACUACACCGAGCUUAGCAUCACAAACCUACAGAUAAAUGAGGAUCCUGGCGAGUACCAGUGCAAUGCAACCAACCAGGUCGGCUCUGCCUCAGUCACAACCAUCCUCCGUGUCCGCAGCCACUUGGCUCCCCUCUGGCCCUUUUUGGGGAUCUUGGCAGAAAUUGUUAUCCUCGUUGUCAUCAUAGUUGUUUAUGAGAAAAGGAAGCGGCCGGAUGAAGUCCCAGAUGAUGAUGAACCAGCUGGGCCAAUGAAAACCAAUUCUACAAACAAUCAUAAAGAUAAAAACUUACGCCAGAGAAACACAAAUUAAAAAUGCUUAUCAUAGCUUUAAGUUUCUGAGAGACUGAUGGCAAUAUGACCUGCUAAAUUUAAGGGUUGGAACUCUUGGUUCUAGAACUCCAGUUCGGUCUGUUUUUUUUCUUUCUUUUGGUUUUCCAGUGAGCAA